AUGGCUUACGUUUUAACCGAAACUUCAGCGGGUUAUGCGCUAUUAAAGUCUUCUGACAAAAAGAUCUACAAGUCUUCAUCGUUGCUUAAAGACUUGAGCUCAUCUGACAAAGUGCUAAAAGAGUUCAAGAUCGCUGCUUUCUCAAAGUUUUCGUCUGCUGCUAACGCUCUUGAAGAGGCCAAUGCCAUUGUUGAGGGUAAAGUGUCAUCGCAGUUGCAAAAAUUGCUUGACGAAGCUAAGGCGGACAAAAAGGCCACAUUGGUUGUGAGUGAAACGAAACUUGCCAAUGCUAUCAAUAAAUUGGGUCUCAAUUUCAACGUUGUCUCUGACGCCGUCACGCUAGAUAUUUUCAGAGCCGUUAAGGAAUAUUUGCCAGAACUGUUGCCUGGCCUCUCCGACAAUGACCUGUCCAAGAUGUCUUUGGGUUUGGCGCACUCCAUUGGCCGUCACAAGCUCAAGUUCUCUGCCGAUAAAGUCGACGUCAUGAUCAUCCAAGCGAUCGCUUUGCUCGAUGACUUGGACAAAGAGCUCAACACUUACGCGAUGCGUUGCAAAGAAUGGUACGGAUGGCAUUUCCCCGAGCUGGCCAAGAUCGUCACAGACUCCGUGGCGUAUGCACGCUUGAUUUUGACCAUGGGUAUCAGAUCCAACGCUUCUGAGACUGAUAUGAGCGAGAUUCUGCCCGAAGAGAUCGAAGAACGUGUCAAGUCCGCGGCAGAAAUAUCUAUGGGUACCGAAAUCACCACCGUGGACCUUGACAACAUCAAAUGUCUUGCUGAGCAAAUUGUCGAUUUUGCUGCUUACAGAGAACAACUUUCUAAUUAUCUUUCAGCCAGAAUGAAGGCCAUUGCUCCAAAUUUGACCCAAUUGGUCGGUGAGCUAGUUGGUGCUCGUUUGAUUGCGCAUGCAGGUUCCUUGGUGUCGUUGGCCAAGUCUCCUGCCUCAACUAUCCAAAUUUUGGGUGCCGAAAAGGCUCUUUUCAGAGCUUUGAAGACUAAGCACGACACUCCAAAAUACGGGCUGUUGUACCACGCCUCUUUGGUCGGCCAAGCCACCGGUAAGAACAAAGGUAAGAUAGCGAGGGUUUUGGCUGCCAAGGCCGCCGUUUCUCUGCGUUACGAUGCGCUUGCCGAGGACAGAGACGAUUCUGGCGAUAUCGGUCUGGAGUCUAGAGCCAAAGUCGAGAGUAGACUAUCUCAGCUCGAAGGUAGAGACUUAAGAACCACUCCAAAGGUCGUACGUGAGGCCAAAAAGGUUGAAAUUACGGAAUCCAGAGCUUACAACGCCGAUGCUGACACUGCAACAGUCGUUGACACAACGGUAGAGUCCGCUGACUCCGAUGACGAGGCCGACGAGUCCUCCAAAAAGGAAAAGAAGGACAAGAAGAAAGAUAAGAAGGACAAGAAGGACAAGAAGAGAAAGAGAGACGAGGACUCUGAAGAGGCUUCCUCGAAGAAGUCCAAAAAGGACAAAAAGGAGAAGAAGGAUAAAAAGAAGAAGGACAAGAAAGACAAGAAAGACAAGAAAUGA